GCUACACCAACACUCUCUCUGCAAACACGUGCACGCCCGUCUCUCUCUCUCGCUCUCUCUCUCUCUCAGUCACAGAUUCCAGCGCUCGCGCUCUCACCAUCAGGACCCCGACUGGAACAAGAAAGAUGCAAUUUUGUCCUCUUUAACCACAAAUGAGGACACAUUUUCUCUUCUUUUGUCUCGGUGUCUUUUGGAGUCAAGGGAGUAACAUGGAUGAUCAAGUCAAGAGAAGAGGCUGAGGAUUUAUUUUGAAGGUUUUGGCUGAGACGGUUCUUGGUUUUCAACAGGCAUGACUUUACAGUGAAGACUUCUCAUUACAAACACCUGCAUGCGCCUGCCUCACUGCUUCUUUACUCUGUGACAUCACUUCUUUAUUUGCAAGACAGCAUUUUCUUUAGUUUGUUUAAAAUGGCUCACCUCAUCCGACACAAGCUCACCAACAAGCUGACCAACGCGGCCCACACGGUGUCCAACAAAUCUCAGGCCAAGGUCAGCGGGGUGUUCGCCCGCCUCGGCUUCCAGGCCGCGACCGACGAGGAGGGUUUGGGUUUCGCCGAGUGCGACGACCUGGAUUAUGACUACAGGCAAGGGAUGCAGAUGGAUGUCCUUCAGGGGGAGGGGGAGGAAGGGGGACACAUGGAGGAGGGAGAGGGGGAGCUGGAUGGAGACAGCCACUACCAGAGAGACGGCACCGGGCCCAGGCCUUCAUCACUGAAGACUGCAGGAGGCUCUCUGGAUGAGGACAAACCAAAAAUCACGUCCUGGGAGGCUGGAUGGAACGUCACCAACGCCAUUCAGGGCAUGUUCGUCCUCGGCCUGCCGUACGCCAUCCUCCACGGCGGAUACCUCGGUCUCUUCCUCAUUAUCUUUGCGGCCGUGGUGUGCUGCUACACGGGUAAAAUCCUCAUCGCCUGUCUGUACGAGGAGAACGAGGAUGGCAUCAAAGUUCGCGUCAGGGACUCCUACGUGGACAUCGCCAAUGCGUGCUGCAUGCCCCGCUUCCCCGCACUGGGCGGCCACGUGGUGAACGUCGCUCAGAUCAUCGAGCUGGUCAUGACCUGCAUCUUGUACGUGGUGGUCAGCGGGAACCUGAUGUACAACAGCUUCCCGGGAUUUCCCUUCUCCCAGAAAGCCUGGUCAGUGGUGGCCACGAUCGCGCUCCUGCCGUGCGCCUUCCUGAAGAACCUAAAGGCCGUGUCCAAGUUCAGCUUCCUGUGCACUGUUGCGCACUUAUUCAUCAACGUCGUCGUGAUUGCCUACUGCCUCUCCAGGGCCCGUGAGUGGGCCUGGGAGAAGGUCAAGUUUUAUAUUGAUGUGAAGAAAUUCCCCAUCUCCAUUGGCAUCAUCGUGUUCAGCUACACCUCCCAGAUCUUCCUCCCCUCCCUGGAGGGAAACAUGCAGAGGCCCAGUGAGUUCCACUGCAUGAUGGACUGGACUCACAUUAGUGCUUGUGUCCUCAAGGGCCUCUUUGCCCUUGUGGCCUACUUAACAUGGGCAGAUACCACCAAAGAGGUCAUCACAGAUAAUCUGCCUUCAACCAUCAGGGCUGUGGUGAACAUCUUCCUCGUGUCCAAGGCGCUCUUGUCUUACCCACUUCCAUUCUUUGCUGCAGUUGAGGUUCUGGAGAAAUCCUUGUUCCAGGAUGGAGGCAGAGCCCUCUUUCCUGACUGCUAUGGCCCUGCUGGGCAGUUGAAAUCAUGGGGUCUGGGCCUUCGAGUUGCCCUGGUGGUCUUCACCUUGCUCAUGGCCGUCUUUGUCCCCCAUUUUGCCCUCCUCAUGGGCUUAACUGGGAGUCUCACCGGUGCUGGCCUUUGCUUCCUCUUGCCAAGCCUCUUCCACCUGAAGCUGCAGUGGAGGAAUCUCCUGUGGCAUCACGUCUUCUUCGACGUGGCCAUUUUUGUUAUUGGAGGCAUAUGUGCCAUAUCUGGUUUCAUUCACUCCGUUGAAGGACUUAUAGAGGCGUACAGGUACAAUAUCCACGACUGAGAGCUUCAGCGAUGACCUUUAGUGAACAGUGAUGUCCCAGAAUACCACACUACAUCGGGCUGUCAUCACGCAGACAUUAUCAAACCAUCACUUGACACAGAAGCUCAAGAGGAGGGUUGUUUGUGUGAAAUGUAGCCUAUACAUCAUUUUAUUUUGCCUUUGUGAUAAUGUGCAAUAACAAGCUCACAAUCAUAGUGUAAAUGUCUAGUCUUCUCUCGCUCCAUAUGUUCUAUUGACUGGACAGAGGAACAUGAAGGAGACAUUUUCAGGCCUGUCCAUGCUUCAUGUCUUCAUGCAAACUUAUCAAAGACUCUGUGAAAAUGUCUGACGUGGUUCUUACUGUGAGUGUGUACGUGUUUAUAGCUGGGGAAUGAAAUGUGUGAAAAACAAUGGAGUGAAUAUGUUAUUACUGCUUUCAUUAAUCCCACUGAGGGAGAAAACACAAGACCAGAGCAUCCUUCAGAUCAAGUGGUGCUCUGUGCAUUAAUAAUAAUACAUUUACAUGAGUAACUAAUGUGUAGUUGUUUAAACAAAAAUAAUUUAAUGGUUGUUUUUGUUGUUGUUUUCUAAGUUACGCCUGUAUAUUAGUCCUGUUGGCUUGUAUGUUUUCUUGGUGUUUCAUUCUGGAUGAAAUGAAUACAAAGUGCAAGCAAGUUGGCCCUAAUUGUGUUAUAUGGAGAAAAAAAAAAGUGUCUGAUAAUAUUCUCUUCCUAGUGAAAAUGUUGAUUGUGGUUUAAUGGAACUAAUCAUGGUGUGCCAGACAAAGGGUUUGUUGAAUUAUAAGAGGAAAAAAAUAAAUCAAAUAUUUUAUGGCUGGUGA